UCGGUGCCCUGCCAUUCUCCCCUAUAUAACUUGUCCUCUCUCGUAUUGUAGCACGAGCGCACGCUGUGGCUCCUCUCGAUCCUUUACCAUCUGCAUUGCAGUAGAUCGAAAAGGUUGGUUGGCCGGAACAAUGGGAGCAAAAUGCCUAUCGCUGCUCGUGUUCCUUGGCACGUCGCUGCUGCUGCCGCAGCUGCUGCUCGCGGCCAUGACGAGAUACUACACCUUCAAUGUGACGAUGAAGAAGGUGACACGGUUGUGCAACACCCGGGCCAUCCCGACGGUGAACGGCAAGUUCCCCGGCCCGAAAAUAGUCACCAGGGAAGGCGACCGCGUCGUCGUCAAGGUGGUUAACAAUGUCAAGCACAACGUUACCAUCCACUGGCACGGCGUGAGGCAGCUCCGGACGGGUUGGUCGGACGGGCCGGCGUACAUCACGCAGUGCCCGAUCCAGACAGGACAGAGCUACGUAUAUAAUUUCACCGUAACGGGACAGAGGGGCACACUGUUCUGGCACGCCCAUGUCUCCUGGAUGCGUGCGACGCUCUACGGUCCUAUUGUCAUCCUCCCAAAGCUCGGUGUGCCGUACCCGUUUCCAAAACCCUUCAAAGAUGUGCCCAUCAUGUUCGGCGAGUGGUUUAACGUGGAUCCUGAGGCAAUCAUAGCGCAAGCUCUGCAAACUGGUGGAGGCCCAAACGUGUCAGAUGCCUACACCAUCAACGGGCUUCCAGGCCCACUGUACAAUUGCUCAAGCAGAGACACAUUCAAGCUGAAGGUGCAGCCCGGCAAGUGGUACCUGCUCCGGCUGAUCAACGCCGCGCUCAACGACGAGCUCUUCUUCUCGAUCGCCAACCACACGCUGACUAUCGUUGAUGUCGAUGCUUCCUAUGUCAAGCCGUUUGACACGGAUGUUGUCCUCGUCACGCCGGGGCAAACCACUAAUGUGCUUCUCCAUGCCAAACCAGACGAAGGCUGCCAGCCAGCCACACACCUCAUGCUAGCACGCCCUUACGCCACGUCUCGCCCCGGCACCUACGACAACACCACCGUCGCGGCCGUCCUUGAGUACUCACCGUCUGGCCAGAUCAAAAGUCGGCCGCUCUUCCGGCCGACGUUGCCGGUGUUCAACGACACGUCGUUCGCUGCCAACUACAGUGCCAAGCACCGGAGCCUAGCCAGCUCAGAAUACCCGGCCAACGUGCCACGACGGAUCGACCGGCCCUUCUUCUUCGCCGUGGGGCUUGGCACGACACCGUGCCCGACGCACCAAGGGUGCAACGGCCCCACCAACGAUACUAAAUUCUCGGCAUCCAUGAACAACGUGUCCUUCAACAUGCCGACCACGGCACUCCUGAAGGCGCACUACGACGGCAACACGGCAGGCGUGUACACGGCCGACUUCCCCGCGAUGCCGACUCAGCCGUUCAACUACACGGGCACGCCGCCAAACAACACGAACGUGUCGAACGGGACCAAGGUGGCGGUGCUGCCGUACAACGCGAGCGUCGAGGUGGUGCUGCAGGACACGAGCAUCCAGGGCGCCGAGAGCCACCCGCUGCACUUGCACGGGUUCGACUUCUUCGUCGUGGGGCAGGGUGUCGGCAACUACAACGCGUCGAUGCACCCUGCCGGGUUCAACCUGCUCGACCCCGUGCAGAGGAACACCGUCGGCGUCCCGGCCGGAGGUUGGGUCGCCAUCAGGUUCUACGCAGAUAACCCCGGUGUGUGGUUCAUGCAUUGCCACCUAGAAGUGCACACGAGUUGGGGCCUGAAGAUGGCGUGGGUGGUCAAUGAUGGUCCAUUGCCAGACCAGAAACUGAUGCCUCCGCCGUCCGAUCUUCCCAAGUGUUAGAAAUCUAACCGACCGUUGGCCUCGCGACCGAAAUCGGGAUUCAUUUCUUUCGUCUGUUUGGUUCUUAUACACAUUGGUGAAUGAAUAUACUAUCGUACAUACAUAGCACAGAAUGAAGGUUCAAAAAAGCUGUACUGUUUGUUCAUGUUUUUUCUUUUCUCUUCUCUUCUCCAUUCUAUCCAAUGUUAAAGGAGGCUGUAUUCUUGUAACUGGUUGCCAAUGCUUUACUUGACUUACUUCCUGUUCUUUCGAUCGAAGUUUCUGUUCGAAUACCUAGUUGAUCGAUAAAAAGAUAGUUUCA